AUGUAUGACGGCCGCGAUGGGCCCCAAUGUGCAAAUUGCCAUCCAUCCAUGUGGAAGAAGCCACAAGUCACGAUCUACACCUCCCCCGCACGAAGCCAGUGGGCAAGACCUCAUUCUAACGCCUAUCUCUGCGACAAUUGCUACUGGGACCUAAACGGGGCCGCGGACGGAACUCCCUGCAUGAGAUAUCUCCGGUGUCUAUGCGCACGGCGCAAGAACCUAGCCAUCCUGAUGACCAGUAAGCGGUUUUGGAACGACGCCGCCCCGAUCUUUUGGACAGAGAACUGGUUCGCUUUUGAGCUUCCUUGUCUGUUGAUAGGGUUCCUGACUGCUCUUCGUCCACAAGUGAGAUCGUGGCUGAGACGGAUAUCCUUCUUGCCCCUUCCUGCUUACGACCGCCUAGAAUAUUUCGAUAUCUUCCCUCAGCGGCGGGACCCGGUUUGGAAUGGGUGGGAUAGCAUCGCCCGUUGCUGGAGUUUAUUGCAACAAUGCGAGGGACUGGUAGAGCUGGAGCUUGAUGUGGUCGCUCUGACGCGAGUGAAAUGGGCUCGGAUUCUUCGACAAGUCCGUGUCAAGAAACGGGUUAUUUUCAGUUAUCAGCUGUCUGAAGAGGAGCAGGACUAUGCUUUCUAUGAGCGAGAAGAUCCAGGGGCAUGGGUAUGGGGGCUUCAUUCUCGUCGGAAACGAUUCGAUUCGUCUACUACUGCUUUGAUUGCAUCUAGCAUGAUGGACAAGGUUAUCAGAACCAAAGACCUGGCAAGACAUUAUGCCCAGAGCACCCUAUCCCAAAGGUGUGGUGUCUAUGGGGCGCAGUUUGUCCAGGAAAUAAUCGAAGGCCGGGUACAGGUCCAUGAGAACAUGUGA